UUCGGGGAGUAAACCGGAGGAAUGACAGAGCAUUUCGGGGAAGCCGAAGGAGAAGUGAAGACAGAGAGGGAAACGAAUCGAAAGCAAAUGCUCACGACCGAGUCGAGAGAGAUCGAGAGAAGAAGAAGAAGAAGAAGGAGAAGAAGAAGAAGAUGGCGAGUAGGAAGCUGUUGUUGCUGUUGAAGCCCUUGGAUGAUUACGCCGUCGCCGCCCAGUCUCACGGUCUCUCUCGCAUCACCAACCCUCAGGUUGUACACCAUUUGGAGAGCAGGAGUAAGGUGCACCGUGAAGCCAUACGAUACUGCCAGAAUGUGUUGCGGCAGAAAUUCGUUGACUGGGAGCCCAUUUUACGUGAUAACGUGUCCCAGCCGAUACGGAAUGUGGACAUGGUCGUCACCGUUGGCGGUGAUGGCACUCUGUUGCACGCCAGUCAUUUCGUAGAUGACUCGAUUCCACUUCUCGGCGUGAACUCCGAUCCUACCCAAGUUGCUGAGGUUGAAGAAUUUGGUGAUCAGUAUGAUGCAACGAGGAGCACUGGCUACCUCUGUGCAGCAACCGUUGAUAAUUUCGAGCAAAUACUAGAUGACAUUCUCGAGGGUCAAGUACAACCAUCUGAACUAUCAAGGAUAGCAAUCUGUGUGAACUCAGCACCGCUGUCAACAUAUGCUCUCAAUGAUGUACUACUUGCACAUUCGUGUCCAGCGGCAGUCUCACGAUUCUCAUUCAGAAUCAAAAGGAAAGGCCACCCGUGUUCCCCUGUAGUGAACUGCCGAUCAAGUGGUCUCAGAGUCUCGACUGCUGCUGGCUCAACGGCCGCAAUGCUCUCAGCCGGUGGAUACCAAAUGCCCAUUUUAUCUCGGGACCUUCAGUAUAUGAUAAGAGAGCCUAUUUCACCAGGAGUAGCUUCUAAUCUGAUGCAUGGAUUUCUCAAUCCUGGCCAGAGUAUGGAAGUUGCAUGGUUUUGCAAAGAAGGUGCGAUAUACAUCGAUGGCUGCAAUGUGUUGUACACAGUUAAGGACGAGGACACACUUGAAAUAUCUUCCAAGGCGCCGGUUCUAAAAGUCUACUUGCCUCCUCGUUUGUUAGAAAAGGGAAUACUCCCGAUUAGGCGGACUUCUGAUGCAGAGAAGCUGAGAUUAUCCCACAUGUAAAUAGCAUGUAAAUAAGUCAGAUGUCUGUUAUACCUGUCUAGCUAUGCUCCCAACUCGUUUUCCGCUUGAAGAGUGAUUACAGGGUAGCGGACAUCUUCCUGGCAGUGGGCUGCUUAUUAAAAAUGCGUUGUUGGCAAGUGCUAGAACUACAGAAAUCGAGAAUCUGUUGAUGUCGAUUAUUAACCACAGUUCCUGAUGUGCAA